AUGGCUUCAGCAGUGGCGACGGCGGUGACUCGCGGCGGCGGGGGAUCGUCGGAGCCGUCGAAGGUUGGCGGCGGCGGGAGGUGGGGCCGGCGCCGGCGAGUGAUCUGCUGCGUGGCUUCUUCCUCCGCUUACUACGCCGGAAGCCUGAAGGAACACUACAGGACGCUUAGGGUUCAGCCUGGCGCAUCCGAGAAGGAGGUCAAGAAGGCGUUCCGAGAGCUCGCGCUGCAGGUGAUUCAUCUCGGAUCAUCGCACCCUUUCGGCUGAUUUCUCAUCCUUUUGGAAAAUCGAGAUCGCGGUCUGAGUGAUUGUUUCCUUCGAUCUGCAGUAUCAUCCGGAUGUGUGCAAGGGAAGCAACUGCGGCACCCAAUUCCAUCAGAUCAACGAGGCAUACGAUGUAAGAAUCUUCCGAUCCUCCUCCCUGUCGCAUCACAAAAGCCUCUGUCGCUGAUGACGAUCCGCUUCCUCCAUCUCCUUCCUUCUUCUUCUGGAUCAGAUCGUCAUGAACAGCCUGAGAGAGGCGGAGGAACCGCAGAGGAAGCAGGAAUGGAGCGACGAGGGGGACGAUCAGAUGAGGGGGAUGUACGAUCCGAGCUGGGACCUCUGGGAGGAGUGGAUGGGGUGGGAAGGCGCCGGAAUACGGGACUACUCCUCACACAUCAACCCUUACAUUUGA